AUGUAUGUAGCCUGGUCUGGAUUCUAUUGGCAUUGCAGCUGUUUCACGCAACUGCAGUGGAAUAGCAGCUCCUGCAUGUGGCCUCGUGAGUUUAGAACCAAGGUUGCUGAAAUCCUCAAAGAUCGUAGAUCUUGGUACCGUGACUGUCGAUGUAUCCAGACACUGAGUGUUCUUCCAACUGGAAAUGGUGGAACUAUCGAGCUUGUCAACACUCAGCUAUAUGCUCCUACAACAUUAGCAGCAGCUCGUGACUUUUGGACACUGAGAUAUAGUACAAGUCUAGAAGAUGGAAGCUAUAUGGUUUGUGAGAGGUCACUCACUACUGCAACUGGUGGCACCCAUGGUCUGCUCUCUUCUAGCUUCGUGAUAGCCAAAAUGCUGUCAAAUGGAUGUUUCAAGUGUUCCUGCAGUCUUGAGGCCUCUUCAUGA